CCCACUCCGUGCCUGUCUGUUGCAGUGAUCCGGGCCAAGGUCGUCUCGGGGAAGGAGGUGGAUUCUGGGAAUGACAUUUAUGGGAAUCCGAUCAAACGGAUCCAGUACGAGAUCAAGCAGAUCAAGAUGUUUAAAGGCCCCGACCAGGACAUCGAAUACAUUUACACGGCCCCAUCCUCCGCUGUGUGCGGUGUCUCGCUGGACACCGGCGAGGGGGGGGGUGGGAAGAAGGAGUAUCUCAUUGCAGGCAAGUCGGAGGGCAACGGCAAGAUGCACAUCACGCUGUGCGACUUCAUCUUCCCUUGGGACUCUCUGAGCGCCACCCAGAAGAAGAGCCUCAACCAGAGGUACCAGAUGGGCUGCGAGUGCAAGAUCUCGCGCUGCCCCUCCAUCCCCUGCUUCGUGUCCUCCUCGGACGAGUGCCUCUGGACGGACUGGGUGACAGAGAAGAGCAUCAACGGGCGGCAGGCCAAGCACUAUGCCUGCAUCAAGCGCAGCGACGGCUCGUGCGCGUGGUACCGGGGUGUGGCCCCGCCCAAGCAGGAGUUUCUUGACAUCGAGGACCCCUAGCCCCCGCCAGCAGCUGCAUCCCCGCGUCCAGUAGCAAAACCUGCGAGACAUUAGACUGGUCCACCCCUGACAUCACCUCCCGGAAACAGCAUGAAAACCCAGUGCCCUGCGCGGGCGACUGACCCCUCGGGGGGAGGGACCCGCACCCCAGCCCACCCCCAUGCUGCACCCCCCUCGCGGAGGGCCCAUGCCGCGCCGUCCCGGGGAACCUGCCGUGCCAGGCCCCAGAGCCGCGGUGGAGGGCGGGGGGUGACCCUGUAGCUGGUCUACUGGGCCCCCCGCCCAGCGGAGCACCCUCCCCAUGUUGCUCUAGCCCCACGUGCCUCUUGAUCCCAUCUCCACCAUUGAGCCAGCGUCCCCCACCAGUCCCGUCCCCACUCAACACAGACACCCCCUUGGGCAAGAAGGGAGCAUCCCUGCUCAGGUCCUGCCCCCCAGAAAUGCAUCCCCAGCAGCCAAGUCUGCAGCCCUCUGCCAAAGGGGAUAAAGGCCCUUGUGAUGGAUGGGACAUCCCAGGAGAGGCCCUGUAGCAUCGGAGGGGGCAGGACUGUCCCCUGCCCGCUUGCUCCCAGGAGCUUUUGGGUCUCGGUUCCCCCAGUUAGCGGAUGCUGCAUCGGGGUGAGGGGGGACAGGCGGGCACGGGCCCUGUGGUCGCACCCCCAAGUGUUAGGA